GCCACGCGAACAGCGCAUGCGGAACAGAUCCCUUAUCGCUUUCCGUAGUUAUUUGGCGAAGGUUAAGACGUACUUGUCCAGAAGGUCAAACUGUGUACCAAGAAAGCAGAAGUCGACUCUCAACUAUGUCCAGCACAGUUUUGUGCGGGGGAGGCCGACUGGUCUGUUCUCGGACCAUAGGUCGGCAAACAUUAGCUACUCUGAAGUUGGGGCGCAUCCGGACUUUCUCGACCGCAAAGCCAGAUGAACCUUAUGUGUCUGUAUCACACACAGAAUCGGGCCCUAGAACCGUGUGGCCUGACGAGAACAUGGGACCUUUCGGACCUCAAGACCAACGCUUCCAGUUGCCGGGUAAUGUCGGAUUUGACAGCCAUUUGGACGGUGUGGAAGAGAAGAAAUCUCCCGCAGACAGAACGGCGCCUGAUGUACUAACGGCGCCGUGCAGCACAGAGAGACAACAGUUCAUUCUAGCCCAGUUCGUCAAUGAGUUUCAGGGGAAAUUGGGCUCCAUAUCCAAGCGAGUCCACAAAGCUGAGCAGUACUUUAAACAGACCGAAACAGAUUGCUCCAUAAGUUCCUGUCCUGAGCUGUUAAGGAAAGAUUUGGAGCUCUUGUUCCCGACAGUGCCAAACACUUCCAUCACAGUUGUGACCGUCUCGCAGAGGAGCAGUCGCUGCAAGGAAGCUGAUGCAGACAAAGAACAGCUACUUAGCAAAUUUGUGAGCGGUGCAAAGGAAAUGUGUUUCGCUCUGUGGACUGCAGGUUACUGGGCUGACUUUAUUCAUCCAACUACAGGAGAAGCUUUCUUCGCAUCCCCACUUAGUUCAAGUUCAGGACAAACGGGAGAGGCCCCGCGGCAUUCCGGCUUCCGCAUCGAGAUGUCGGGCUCCUGCACGGUGAUCAGACACAUUCUGCGAGGAACGCCCAUUUUCGUUGGCACCGUUUUCACCAACGCGCCGACUCACAGCGGCGUCAUCACACGACUUCAAGGACUCUCGCAUGAAUUGGAGGAUGAGACUGAAUAGUUUUCCUGGUGCUCGAAGUCAAAUCCCGUGUCAUGGUUUGUAAUUGUUUGUGUAAAGCUCGUGAACCACACCGCAACAUGGCCGCGGCAACUCCGCGCUGGCACUGGAACCGCUCCCCACUGAGUCCUCACUCCUGCACUUUGACGAAUUUUAGCAGAAUGGAGGUUUUGAUUAAUAGCGGUUUUCAGUUAUGGAUUCAACUGCUGAACCAAUAAAGUGACCUCUUCUCAGGCUCCGCUGAAAAA